AUGAAGGCAGUCAUCAAGCCAGCACUGCUAGCUCUUACAAUAGGCAGCCAGGCCUUUGCAGAGCAAAAAGCUGUCCAAUCGAAGUUCAAUGGCAAAGACGGCAUCUGUUACCUUUUCCAAGCCGCCACAAACGUCAUCGAGGUCAGAAUGGAAACAAACAGCCCUGUCAUUACCUUGGGAAAUAUUCCUGCGGCACAAAUCUUCGAGUCCUUGACGGAUUGGACGUCGACCGUCACAGCAACUACCACAGUCACGACCAUGACUACAACUAUUAUGGUGCCUCGUCCAACUGCCGAAGUGCCACUUACUCCCACAACCAACGCCUCCGGGCGGGUCAAGCCUGUUGUUGAGAUCCUCAGUAUCGCUUUUGGGCUGUCUUGGGCUGUCACAACGCUGUAG